AGAAGGUGAGCUGGACAAAAAGGUAUAAAAAGGUCCUUGUCUACCAUCUUCAACCCUCUCUUUCAUCACUAUUCCAUCAUCAUUUCUAUCCACUCCAAGCCACAGUCACUUGUCUAGGACAUCACGCUCCACUCAUACCAAUACUUCCUUGAAUUCCUCUACCUCCUUACCACACUCUUCACCAUGUCUGCCGAUCUGAAGCCCCUCCGCAUCGUCAUGGCCUGCGAUGAGGCCGGCCAGCCCUACAAGGAGACCCUGAAGGCUGCUCUUGAGAAGAACCCUCUGGUUGAGUCCAUCCAAGACGUGGGCGUCAACUCCACCUCCGACAAGACUGCUUACCCUCACCCGGCUGUCGCUGGUGCCAAACUCAUCAAGGAGGGCAAGGCAGACCGUGGUCUCUUCAUCUGCGGUACUGGUCUCGGUGUCGCUAUCUCCGCCAACAAGGUGCCCGGCAUUCGCGCCGUGACAGCACACGACUCCUUCUCCGUCGAGCGCUCCAUCCUCAGCAACGACGCUCAGGUGCUCUGCUUUGGCCAGCGGGUCAUUGGCAUUGAGCUUGCGAAGAAGCUCGCCAACGAGUGGGUGACCUACCGCUUCGACCCCAAGAGUGCCUCCGCCGCCAAGGUGCAGGCCAUCUCCGACUACGAGAAGGAACUCGCUGGUACUGCUUAAUUUGGAUCUGUCUGUCAGUCAGUCAACCCAGUCAAUCCAUCAGUACUACGAUGUUCCUUGUCCGUGCGGCAUGACAUGAGCACCAGCCACACCGAAGUGGCAGCGGCAGCGCCAUAAUCUCCGGCGUGUUACUAUAAACUAUAGCUUCCUUUCACCACUUAUUUUCG